AUGACAAGCAAACAUUCGAUUCUCAUUCCAUUUCACAAUGUCCAAACUUGUCCAUGGCCUAACCCUCCUCACAACACUUCCCUUGCCCUAUCCCUAUCCCUACCCAACGCAAGUAACACGCUAAACGCCCGCGCCUCAACAUGUACCCCCAAAGCCGGAGGAUCCUCAUCAAUCGAUGAUGUUCCAGCCAUUACCUCGGCAAUCGCCUCCUGCGGGAAAGGAGGCACGAUUGUCAUUCCCGCCGGCACAACGUACUACCUCAACAGUGUACUCGAUUUCGCCGGAUGUACUGGCUGUGAUUUCCAAAUCGAGGGCUUGUUAAAGUUCGCAUCGGAUACGGACUACUGGGAAGGCCGAACGGCAAUGAUUAACGUCAAUGACAUUAAUGGGAUCAAAAUCCGCUCGGUGUCGGGAGAUGGUGUUAUUGAUGGGAAUGGACAAGAUGCGUACGACCUCUUCGCUACAAACAGCAGCUACAAACGCCCGACUCUCCUGUAUAUAACCGGCGGCUCAGACAUCGAGGUUUCAAAUCUGCGACAAAAGAAUCCUCCCAACGUGUUCAACUCAGUCAAAGGCGGAAGCCACACCGUGAUUUUCUCAGACCUAACCAUGGACGCGACAUCGAAAAGCACCAACGCAGCGAAAAACACCGACGGGUUCGAUAUCGGCGAGAGUACAGAUGUAACACUCACUAAUGUCUCCAUCACCAAUGAUGACGACUGUGUCGCGUUCAAACCCGGCGCGGACGGGGUGACUGUGACCGAUAUCACUUGCAUUGGCAGCCAUGGACUUUCUGUCGGAUCCCUGGGAAAGAGUUCAGAUGAUACGGUGAAGAAUGUAUACGUCUCCGGCGCAACAAUGAUCAAUUCCACGAAAGCGGUUGGCAUCAAGACGUAUCCCUCUGGUGGAAGUCAUGGGUUAUCAACUGUGACUAAUGUGACAUGGACCAAUGUCCACGUUGAAGGUUGUGAUUACGCGAUCCAGAUACAGAGCUGCUAUGGAGAAGAUGAGGAUUAUUGCGAGAAAUAUCCGGGGAUGCGGUGUUGA